UGCGCCACAAAUAGUCCUAUUAGUACAAGCAACAUUAACGGGCUUACACAGAGAGACUCCCAUUUGAUUGGAUUCUCCACUCACAAUUUUCUUGAUUUUGCUGUUUUUGAUCAUGGCACCACCCUGUAGAAAUAGUUAGAGCUUGAUUAUUUGAAUUUAUUCGUUUGGAAUAUCAUUGUUUUUAACGGGGACCCUUUUGGAGCAACUUUUACGCACGGAACAGAAGUGUUCAGUUUUCACUUCUCCCUCGGUUGUGCCCAAGGACAAAACCCGCCGAUAUGAUUUCAUUUUUGUGCGGAUUGGUGUGCUUUUGUGCUCUGGGUUGUGGCCAACUAACAAGCGGACAGCCGGACGACGGAAAGCGGUACAUCUGCCGGGCGAUCCCCAUCAGCGGCGACCCCAGUUGCCCUGUGACACUAUUACCCGAGCUUAACGCCGGGGGACAGGAAGAGGAGCUCAGAAACACUGUCAUGCAGCUUCGAGAGACAAUUGUACAGCAGAAAGAAACAAUUUCCAAGCAACUCGGCACCAUUAACGAGUUAACCACAAAGCUGUCCCUUUGCGCCUCUACCACCGACGACAGGAGAUACGGCAAGGGGGGUUCGUGGGGAAAAGACAAGCAAAACACUAUGGGAGAUGUUCCCAGAGAUCCAAAUGACUCCAUUGACAAUCUUGGGAAAACCAUGCAGGGGCUCAAGGACCGCCUGGAGAACUUGGAGCAACAGCAGAUGAGGGCCAACGUGUCUGGUGCCGCUUUCCCAAGUGAGCUCCGUGACCUACUGCAACGCAGACUUGGGGAGCUGGAAAAACAACUCUUGAAUAAGGUCAGCAACUUGCAGGAGGAAAAGAGCUUGCUAUCCAACGCCACAGCUGCCUACAGGUUGAAGACAGAGAGCACCUUGAACGCCCUGGUGGAGAGGAUCACUGAGCUGGAGAAAGGAGGCGGAGAUUUCAAGUCGCCAGAGCAGUUUAAGCUGUGCCUCCCCCAGCGGACCAACUAUCUGUAUGGCCGCAUGACAAAGAGCUUGCCGGAAAUGUAUGCGUUUACACUCUGCAUGUGGAUCAAGUCAAGCACCAGUCCUGGCAUCGGAACUCCUUUCUCAUACGGUGUGCCAGGGCAAGCUAAUGAGAUUGUGCUGAUUGAGUGGGGGAACAAUCCAAUUGAGCUGCUUAUUAAUGACAAGGUGGCCCAGCUGCCACUGGAGGUACGUGAUGGUCGUUGGCACCACAUAUGCAUCUCCUGGACCACCCGUGAUGGCCAGUGGGAGGCUUUCCAAGAUGGAGAGAAGCUAGGAGAUGGUGAAAACCUCGCAGCCUGGCACCCCAUCAAACCUGGAGGAGUCAUAAUCCUAGGGCAGGAGCAGGAUGUUGUAGGUGGGCGCUUUGAUGCCGGACAAGCUUUCGUGGGUGAACUGAGCCAAGUCAACAUCUGGGACCGUCUCCUAAAGCCAAAUGAGAUACAGUUGAUGGCAAACUGCAGUUCUUACGUCCCUGGGAAUGUGAUCUCCUGGACGGCAGGCAAUGUCGAAGUUUUUGGGAGGGGGGCAUUCAAACGGCCCUUGGAGAUGUGUCAGGAGCGGCUGCCUAACGCUUAAAAUGUAACUGUUUUUCCCCUCUAUUAAAUCAUUUAAAAGGUGGGCUGCUCAUACUGUGAGGCCGUGAGGCUAUUCCAUAUAUAGACGUGUUAGAGAUGUACGACAAACUUGUGUUUCUAAGGUCUGUGUGUGCUUGUGGGUUAUGUCUGUGUGUGUGGAUGGUGGGCGUUGGAGGGAUUGUGAAGUAAGUAAAAUGCUGUCAGAUGUGUUGGAAAAUACCAAAGUGCAAAUUUAUAUAUAGAGGGUGAACACAACCGCUUACUGCUUACUGUUUAGUUGCAUCCAGAGUGUUUUUCUUCUGCACCAUGUUUAACCUGUCACCAUAGAUCAACCUCUCUCCAUUCAAUCUCUGAAUCAACUCUAGUCUUGUACUUACACACACAUGUUCUGCUACUAUUAGACUGCUUUAUCUAUUAUUGUUGCAUGCUGUGUGGGAGUCAGUUUAAAUUUAAGGUCCGACUUAUGUUAGAUCUUUUCCUUAAUUAGUAAAUGGGAUUAGAGACACGGUUAAACAGGCCUCAGAUCUUGACAAGUUCAAUCACCUUAAAGGGAUUUUACUGGCCCAAAAUACUGUUUUAUGUGACACCUGCUUUGAUAAUAUGUUCAAGACAGCUAAUUCUUUGUUUGACAUUCUGCUGAUUUAAUCUGACAGCUUGUACAUGUAGAUACAUACCAUACAGUGACACUAAUGGGACUUAAAACAGUGCUACCUGUCCAGCCUUCUCAAUAAGCCUAAUGCUGCUUAAAUGCUUAAUCAUGUUGAAACUUAACUCAGAGCUUCAAUAAUGUGAAUUCUUUUAAUUUGUGGUAUUGUUGCUGCUAUCCUCAAAUUAAGCAUUCAGAAAAAUUCACAGACCAGACCCAUAAAAAAAACCUCAAAAUAUGCCCUUGUCCAGUGGAUUUUUUUUUUAUGUGAUGUGUAAUUUUUAGUCUACAUUUUUAGCAUAGUCCACCUUGUGUCGUGGCCUUACUAUUAAUGCUGAAGUGCCAUUAAAUGUUUUUUAAUUGUUGAAAAUUGUUUGCUUUGCCAUUGUAAGAAAAAAGCAAAAUAAACAAAAUAUCUCUUGCAAAAGCUGACUCAAGAGUAUCAUUUACGAAAGCUGAACCGGGCAGAAUACGAAGGACAAAGGGAAAUUAUCAAGGCAUCUGCUACGUCACUAUGGAAAAAGUUACCGGCUAUAAUAUUCUUAUCGUUAAUAUCCUUCUCCCCUAAUCUAAUUUAAUUACUGCAUUAAGUCAAUUGUCCUCAC